ACUUUGCGGCGGCGGUGGAUCCGGAGAAACACGCACCGCCGAGUGGAGCGCUCAGCCCGGACACGGAGUACGCGUUGCGUGGAAGGUGCACCAUAGGGGGGGAGGGUUGUUCGGGUGGAGCUCCUGUCCGAUCUGAGGAAUGUAAAAUAAGACCAGGAUAAGACCAGGCCCAAAGUCGGCGGUUUUCUCUUGGAGUGUUACCCGUUGGUACAAAGACAAUAGAGAACAAGUUGUGCUGCAAAGUGAGAAGAGUCUUAAACUCCCUUCAACCCCUGAACCUUGACUUUUGACUACACCCGCUCCAACAAUGGCACACCGGUCACAGAGUUCAUCUGUAGGAGAAAAUCCCCUGGACCCAAACUACCUGCCCCCACACUACCGUGAGGAGUAUCGUCUGGCUAUUGAUGCUCUGAUAGAAAACGAUAUACAGGGCUACUAUGAAUUUCUCCAGAUGGAAGAUGUGGUGGGUUUCCUGGCACAGCCAGAAAUUGAAUAUAUCAAGUCCACAGUCCAGGUCCCCAACCAAAACUCCAGCAUGCCAGAGCUGACAUAUCACGAAGGAUGUCAUGACAUCGAGGGCUCCUCUGACACCUACUGGCCGGUGCAGUCCGACCUGGCUGCGCCAGGCCUGGACCUCGGCUGGCCGCUGCCGCAGAGCAGCUUAAUUGGGCCCACAGAGGUUACUACCCUGGUCAACCCAUCUGAUCCAGACAUGCCAAGCAUCAAGGAACAGGCUAGGAGACUCAUUAAGAAUGCACGACAGGUUAUUGGUGUGGUGAUGGACAUUUUCACAGAUGUUGACAUUUUUGCUGACCUCUUGGAUGCAGCAGCACGCCAUGUUCCUGUUUACAUCUUACUGGAUGAGCAGAACGCUCAUCACUUUGUUUCUAUGGUCACCAACUACAAAGUCAACCUGGACUUAAUUCAUAUGAUGCGAAUCAGGACUGUGGGAGGAAUAACCUACUACUCUCGGACAGGGGCUUCAUUUAAAGGACAGGUGAAAGAUUGUUUUCUAUUGGCUGACUGCAGGGCUGUACUCAGUGGGAACUACAGCUUCAUGUGGUCCUAUGAGAAGAUCCACCGCUGCAUCGCCCACCUCUUCCUUGGGGAACUGGUCACCACUUUCGACGAGGAGUUUCGAAUUCUCUUUGCUCAGUCAGAGCCUCUGGUCAUUGACCCAUCCAGCAGAGCUCUUGUUGUCUCUGAGCCUGGGGGUUAUUUAAGCACCCAGAUUGGCUUGAAGAGGACACAGUCUUUGCGCAACCCUGUUGGUUACAGAAGGCAACCUGAGAUUCCCUCAGCAUUCCCCUACGGAGACUCUGAUCGUAACCCUGCACUUCCUUUCCGGAGGAACGACAUAUUUCGUCACACUCUCGAACCAAGUGCAGGAAUUACAAUUGGGAAGUAUUCUCAGCAGCAGUUUCAUCUGCAGCAAUCGUUCCUCGAGCAGGGAAGGUCCAUAGUGUCCAGGCAGAUGGAGAUGGCAUCAAGUGCCUUCAAGAGGCACAGCUAUGCAGAAGGAACCCAGGAAAACUACACAUCUUCAAGGCAGUUCAUGAAGCACAGAGUCAUGAACAAUCUGGAGGAGACAGACUUCCACAGAGAGCAGAUUCAAAGCAGCCAAUAUUACAGUGAAGGACCUGGGCCGGGUUCUGGCUAUGGACACUAUGACAGACUUCGAGGCCGUCAUCCUCACCUUGCCAUCGAUCAGUACUCAGACUCCAGCUUUCGCUCAGAUCCGGAGCCUCCACCUGCAAUCUACGGCAGGGACAACUUCUCAUCUGAAGAUCUGAGAGGACCUGAGGAGCUGCAUGCUCCUCCACUAGCUGGGAGAUAUGGAGGAGGAGCUUCCCAUAAGAGGCCAACCAUAGGUCAAGCAUAUGCCUGCCAGAGGUCACCGACGCAGCUGCACCCACCAGAGAAGAAACAGUUACAUCAACAGUCGGACGUAGGGAAUGAUCAGGAUGCAAGCUUGAGGCAAGGCAUGAGGAGCUGGAGGAUCCAUUCCUAUCUUAGCACUUAUGAGGACAGUGGAGAAGAAGGCUUGAUUCAACCUAUGGGGCCUGACGCAUUUGAUAAUCCUCCACCUUCUCAACAGCCAACUACCACUGAAAGUUCAAUUCCACGCUUUGGAAUAAAGGAGCCACCAAAUAUUCGCCCCAAACCAGAUAUCUUGGCACCACGGUUUGGAAAGCCUCAAAUACUGGAGAGAACUGAUAGAGACUUUGCCUCUCUAACAACCAAAGCCCUGCUUCCUUCUAAACUUGAUUUGAAGCCUUCUGUUCUGGAUAAAAAAGACAGAGAAGUAGAGAAGGAAAAAGAGAGAGAGCCAGAGAGGAGUGCAGCAACAGAUCAGGGUGAAGAUAUGGAAGUUAAAGAGACACCAGAUCUCUUUCUGUCCAGACAUGAAUCAUUUCGCUCACGUAUUAACCCGCUUCUUCAACGUAGCUCCCGUCUGCGUUCAUCACUUAUAUUCUCAUCUUCCAAGGCAGAGAUACACAGCGGCAGCUUAGGUCUAAAGCCAGCAACAGAGGCAGAUGAGGAGUUAGAUUCGGUACGCACCUCAUCUAUUGUGGCCCAGAUUCUAGAAAAAAGGAGAUCUUUGUCUCGUGAGCCUUUUGAGUGGCGUAAAAAAGCUGAGGAAAAAGACAAAGAGAAAGUGGAAAAAGAGAAGGAGCAACAGCAAGAGAACAAGGUACAACUGAAAGAUGAGACCAACACAAAAGAAGAAACUCAGAAUAAUAAUGACAAAGAUGUAAAGACAACACAGAGUGUAGAGAAACCUGAAGUCAUAACAUCACAGAGCAUGCAUGACCCAGCUAGUCGACUGCAGUAUUUCAGUGAUCUGGCUGCCAAGAGAAAAGCCUCAAAAAUGGAGACAGAGUUUCCCCCUAAAGCCCCAGAGCCUGCAGAAAAAAAAACAGACCUACUGGACAAACCCCCCGUCAACCCUUCGACUGCUGCAAAGACUCAAACUGUAAGUGUCACUUCAGCACAACCUGAACCAAAGAAGUCAGACAUCUCUGCAAAACUGGCAGAGCUCACUCGAAGACCUUCGAUAAGCUCAUCGAAACCACCGUUUAUCACUGCCAAGCCUUUUGUGAGUUCCCUGAAGACCUCAGAGACGCUGCAAUCUCAUAAAGAGGACAACGCAUCAGAGGGGCAAAAGAAAGAUAUAUUCAAGUCUCUAAAGCCUCUGCCCUCACCUAAGAUCUUCAAGAGGGAUCAGUUAAAGAUUAAAGGACUGAAUCCUCGUCGCAUCUCCUGUGGUGAGGAAAUUCUCACCACAGACGCUACGGAUGCAGAGAAGAGUGAACUGAAAAAGACUCGUUCUCGCAGUUCUUCUACAAUGUCACAUGAGGAGUCUAAGGAAGGACUGCUAAAGGUUAUGGGAUCAAAUACCUCCAUCAACACAGUUGGUGAGGGGAAGGGUGAAGGAAAGCCGCUGGACUUCCUGAAGAAGCAGACGCAGAGGUUAAAGGGAUUUCUGGGGCCAAAGGAUAAAGAAAAGAAAAGCUCAGGAGAAGAUAGGGGCAUUAGCACGGUCAAAGAGGUAACCGAUGACUCCAGCAAAAAGUAUAGCUCAUCGGCUAAAGACAAAGGAUCCACUGUUGCUGAUCAACCCAUGACCAACCACAAAACAUCAGCUGGGACGUCGGUGUCGUCGCGGUACCAGUCCCCGGGAAAUUCCGUUUUGUUCAGCAGCAACCUACGAGACGACACAAAAGUCAUUCUUGAACAGAUCUCUGCCAACAGCCAGAAGAACCGUCUGGAGCGAGAGGAAACAGGAGGGGACAGGGAUGGUGCUGCUGCAGAGAAAGGACUGGAGACACUAAACCCCACAAAAAAGAAUCGAUUUCUACGACCGCAAGGAAACACCCAGGAGAGGGAGGGGCUACUGAAGAGGAUAGAGAGUCUGAGGAAGGAGAAGAAGGUCUACAGCCGUUUUGAGGUAGUUGAUGUUAGCAGUAUAGAUGGAAAAGAGAUAUAAGCAAAAUACAAGUCAUUUGAGAUGCAAACAAAAGUCAUGAACUUUCUUAAUUAUAAAAAUGAUCAAAUAUUUUUAUCCUAGUUGAGAAAUUGAUAUUUUAUUUCUGCUUUCAAUUAAUCUUUUUUUUUUUUUUUACUCUGAAACAGGAAACAAGUUUUGGGGAUGUAUAUUUAAAAAUGUAUUUGGACAAAUGUUUUAUUUAUAUGAUGAUAUACAGCCUGAAAUGAUGUUUAUACAACAAAGUACAGUUUGGUGGAAAAGCUAAAAAGCUUUACACAUACAGUAGAAGUUUAUCAGAACUAAAGUAAAUCAGUGUUAGAGAUAACUGUAAUUUAAGGUAUAAACAGAGUUCUGAUUAAGUUCUCGUUAAGAGCAUUACUCAUGCAUCACAAGAAUGAAAGCACAGAGGAGGAGGAGGAGGAAAAAGGGCCAGACUUACUUCAUUUCACUGUUAUCC